AAGGUAGAACUCAUUACUCUCGUCAAAGAAAAAUAAUCUAUGGCUUCUUUGCGAUUCUCUGUCACCUUCCCCGCCCUCUUCUCCCUCCUCCUCUCUCUGUGGGUCGUGGACGCAUGCACGUCAAGAAAGCUGAUAUCAAACAAUGAACAAGAAGGUCAAAAUAUCAGCCAUUUGUUUAAAGAUGGUGAAUUCGAGGAUCCUACUAUGUACAUGUUUUUCAAAAUCAGUGAUCUUAAAUUAGGAACCAAGUUGCCCAUUUACUUCAACAAAAACGAUCUUCGAAAAGUUCCUCCACUUCUCACAAGACAAGAAGCUGAUCUCAUCCCUUUCAGUGAGUCUAACCUUGACUUCCUUCUCAACCACUUCUCUAUCUCCAAAGACUCUCCUCAAGGGGAAGCCAUGAAGGAGACUUUGCAACGUUGUGAUUUCAAAGCUAUUGAAGGAGAGUAUAAGUUUUGUGGUACUUCUUUGGAGUCAAUGCUUGAUCUUGCCAAGAAAACAAUAGCGUCUAAUGCUGAUCUCAAGGUCAUGACGACUAAAGUAAUGGUACCGGACCAAAAUAGAAUAAGCUAUGCUUUGCAUAACUAUACAUUCGCGGAGGUUCCUAAGGAGCUAGAUGGGAUUAAGGUCUUGGGGUGUCAUAGAAUGCCAUACCCUUAUGUAGUUUACUAUUGCCAUGGUCAUAAAAGUGGAACCAAAGUAUUUGAGGUUAAUCUGAUGAGUGACGAUGGGAUACAACUAGUUGUGGGACCUGCGGUUUGCCACAUGGAUACGUCGAUGUGGAACGCUGAUCAUGUGGCUUUUAAGGUGUUGAAGAUAGAGCCGAGGUCCGCACCGGUUUGUCACUUCUUCCCUCUUGAUAAUAUUGUGUGGGUAUCAAAGUAGCUCUAUUGGAUAUGAGUAUUUGUAUUCAAAUAAUUAAUAACUAUGGCUUGAAAUAUUUGUAUUCUCUUUGUAUUUGUAAUGUUUGAAAGCCAGUUCAAAAAAAAAAUAUAAAAAAUAAAUAAGUCUUGUUGGCUUUGGUAA